UAUCGUGUUUACUCAUUCCAAGGCUUCCUUUCCAUCACUCUUUUCUUCGCUUCCUCUCAUGCCGCCGCUAAGGCGCUGGAUACGGGACCAAUUGUGAUCGACCAAGCCGCGAUGAAUAUGGCGUGUAUUGGAGACGCAGACCCUUUCACCGCUGCGAUACCUGCCACCAAAGUUGAACUCACGGUGUCUUGUCGAAACCUGCUGGACAGAGACACCUUCUCCAAGUCUGAUCCAAUUUGUGUGCUGUACACCCAAGGAGUAGCCAACAGGGAAUGGAGAGAGUUUGGCCGAACAGAAGUCAUAGACAACACCCUGAACCCAGACUUUGUCCGCAAAUUCGUCCUGGACUAUUUCUUUGAGGAGAGGCAGAAUCUACGCUUUGACCUGUACGAUUUGGACUGCAAGAGCGACAACCUCUCCAAACACGACUUCCUGGGCCAGGCGUUCUGCACGCUUGGCGAGAUAGUGGGCUCUCUGGGAAGCCGCUUGGAAAAACCUUUGAUCGGGAUCCCAGGGAAGAAAUGUGGCACCUUCAUCGUGAGAGCAGAAGAGCUGGGCAACUGCAGGGAGUCCGUGAUGCUGCAGUUUUGUGGCAACAAGCUGGACAAGAAGGACUUCUUCGGAAAAUCAGAUCCUUUCCUCGUCUUUUACCGCAGCAACGAAGACGGAUCGUUCACCAUCUGCCACAAAACAGAAGUGGUGAAGAACAAUCUGGAUCCGGUGUGGCAGGCCUUCAAAAUUCCUGUCAGAGCGCUGUGCAACGGAGACUAUGACAGGAGCAUUAAGGUGGAGGUGUACGACUGGGACAGAGAUGGAGGCCACGACUUUAUCGGAGACUUCAGCACCAGCUACAGAGAAAUGUCCAGAAGCCAGUCACAGUUCCACGUCUAUGAGGUGCUAAAUCCAAAGAAAAAAGGCAAGAAGAAAAAAAAGUACCAAAACUCAGGAACGGUCACUCUCCUCUCCUGCCUCGUGGACACCGAGCUCUCCUUCCUGGACUACAUCCGCGGCGGGACUCAGAUUAAUUUCACGGUGGCGAUUGAUUUCACGGCAUCGAACGGCAACCCGUCCCAGCCCACCUCGCUUCAUUACAUGAGCCCGUACCAGCUCAACGACUAUGCCAUGGCUCUGCGGGCCGUCGGAGAGAUCAUCCAGGACUACGACAGCGACAAGAUGUUCCCUGCACUGGGCUUCGGGGCAAAGCUUCCUCCAGACGGACGGGUCUCACACGAGUUUGCCCUGAACGGUAAUCCACAGAACCCAUACUGCAGCGGUAUCGAUGGGGUGAUGGAGGCUUACUACCAGAGUCUGAAAUCCGUGCGCCUCUACGGACCCACCCACUUCUCCCCUGUUAUUAACCACGUUGCCAGGUAUGCGUCAGCAGUGACAGACGGCUCUCAGUACUUCAUCCUGCUCAUCAUCUCUGACGGCGUCAUCACGGACAUGGCGCAGACAAAGGAGUCCAUAGUCAACGCUGCCUCUCUGCCCAUGUCAAUUAUAAUAGUCGGGGUUGGACCAGCGGAAUUUGACGAAAUGAUCGAGCUGGAUGGGGACGAGGAGAGGAUUUCCUCCCAAGGGCGCUUCGCAGAGCGGGACAUAGUUCAGUUCGUCCCCUUCAGAGACUACAUCGACCGGCGGGGAAACCACAUCCUCAGCAUGGCUCGCCUCGCCAAGGAAGUUCUUGCCGAAAUCCCCGACCAGUUCCUGUCCUACAUGAGGACCCGAGGGAUCAAACCGGGCCCCCUGCCGCCUCCCUACACCACCUGUCCUCCCCCGGCCGUCCACCCCCUCCUCUGCAGACGGGUAAGCCGAAUCUAAACGGCGGAGGCCUCGUUUCAGCGCCGGCCUGCCGACUCUCCUCUCCUCUCUCUGCUUCUUCUUCUUCCUACUCGUCACUGGAAGCUUCUGAGCACACAGCGACACUCCAUCGCUCUCAUGGUCCACUUCGGGAACCGAGGGAAU